UAAACUGCUGCUGUCUACAGCUGCUGUACAGAGGCGGCCGGAGCGGGACUGAGAAACUGUGGGCAGACAUGGCGGUGGACACAGCAGCCAGCGGUGUGAGGAAAGCUGAGGAGAGAGGAAGCAGCAGCAGCCGGCAGGAGGGCCCUGGAGGCCUGUGGGACUCUGUGAAGAAAGCUGCGUUUGUCAUUGGAUCUGGAAUCUUAUUCUUGGCUGCAUUCGGAAACUCCCUGACAUGGCACCUUCAAAGAUUCUGGGGAGCUUCAGGAGAUUUUUGGCAGAACUUGUGGACCAAGCUGUAUGUGGCGUUUGAGGGUCACGAUGCUGCUUUGUUUUUCUUGGGGACCAUGCUUUUUCCCAGUCUGGCAUUCUGGCUGUCAAAUGCUCUCCUGCUGUGGGUGGAUGUCACUGGAAAACCCUCCUUCAUCACCCGCUAUCGUAUCCAGUUGGACAAGAAUAACCCGGUGGAUCCAGCUAAGCUGCACCAAGCCUUGAAGUGUGUCCUAUUCAACUACGUAAUAAUCUCCGGGUCCAUGGUGGUGGCCGUUUACUACCUCAUGAGCUGGAGAGGAAACCCCUGUGGCCCAGAGCUGCCCACCUUUCACUGGGCCUUGAUGGAGCUAGCUGUCUUCUCCAUCUCUGAGGAAAUUCUCUUCUACUAUUCCCACAGGCUGUUCCACCAUCCCGGCCUCUACAAGCAUUACCACAAACAGCACCAUGAGUGGACUGCUCCCAUCGGAGUCGUCUCCAUUUACGCUCAUCCUCUAGAGCACAUCCUCUCCAACAUGCUGCCGGUGGUAUUCGGGCCAAUCCUCCUGGGCUCCCACCUGUCCACGACCUGCUUGUGGUACUGCGUGGCUCUGGUCAGCACCACUAUCUCCCACUGUGGAUACCACCUUCCCUUCCUGCCCUCUCCUGAGUUCCAUGACUUCCACCACCUCAGGUUCAAUCAGUGUUUUGGUGUCUUCGGUAUUCUGGACAGGCUCCACGGCACUGACACCAAGUUCCGGCAGACCAAACAGUACGAACGCCACGUCCUCCUCACCAGCUUCACCCCACUGAACGAGAGCAUCCCCGACACACCCAAGAAGGGCCAGUGAGGACCUGCGGCCACCGACUCUGAUCUAAUUCCCAAUCAGUUUGAAAAUGACUCAGUUUUAUUUCGGUCUUUAAAAAGAAAACCAAACACCAUUGGACUGUCAGUCUGCCCAGACUCUGCAGUCACACUUUUAUGUGCUAGAAAUGUGGUCACUGCACUUUAACAUACAGGUGCCAUUUAGUUUACCUGUAAUUUUUUUAAUAAUUAAAACCCAGAAUGAGUCGAGAUGAGAAUGUAAGCUAAACAUAUGCAACUCUUUCCUCUCCUUUUUUCUUCUAUAUCGUCUUGAGAUUUGUAUUUGAUAUCUGUAUCAUUUCAUCCUUUUGAAUUCCAGGAUUUCAUUCUGAACUAAAGGUAUAUUUCACAAGUGUUGGUGAUUUAAGCUAUACCAUAUUCAAAGACUUACUUUGAUUGACGGGGUGAAAACAGGAGUGGCUCGCAUUCUACAGUCUCGCCAUUUCCCGGCAAUCAUUCUGAUUCUAUUUGCACUUGUGCCCACCGUCUUGAAGGCUUAAAUGUUCAACAGUUUGAGGAAACCAUGACAAUCACACAUGGUCUGAACCCCAAGUGCACCCUCGACAGGUGUAAAAGUAGUGACUUACACUGUGAGAGCAUGCAAGAUGAAAAUUUCAAAGCACUUCUGCAUUUCAGUGAGCAGAUUCCAAUUACUUAAAAUGUUAUGGUAGCAAUAUAACCCCAUGUAAUGGAAACUUUCGAGUGGUCGUGUUGCAAGAAAACACUACAAAUGUUCUUUUCGUCAUGAAACUUACCGUUUAAUGUAUUCUACUGUACUUUUAAUGGGAAUAAUUAAAUCUUAAAAAUAGAUCUUGCUUUCAACUGGCCUAUCCAGACUGUUCUGGUGCAUUCACUGACCACUCUGAAAGAAGAGAAUUUGUAUUCUGUGGCAAAAGACAAGCAAUCCAUUUGCACGUUGCAUAUUUGGCACUCAUGCUUUCAAAUGUAUUUUUUUCUAGUACAGAAAAAUGGCUGGGAUUAAUGCAAUGUAAAGAAUGCACUGAUGUGAUGGUUUAACAUUAAACU